AUGCCCACCACAAGAAGACAAGCUGCUAUUCAGGAGGGGAGAAUAAAGCCCACCGAAAAUGACAAGGGAAGGAAGAAACAGGCGGUUCCCACAAGAAAAUCUCGAAAGCAGGUGUCACCACAAUCGGCAGACGAUACACCCCAAAGACAGGGAAACAGUGCACCAACACCAAAUAAACGAAACGUUGACGAUGCUCAGGACCAUGCGGCAAAGAAACCCAAGCUGGAAUCUAAUAGCACCAAACAACAGAUAGAUGGACAGAAGCAUGAAUAUCAAUCCGGUACUAUCGAGCGGGGCCAUAUUUAUUUCUUUUACCGGCCUCGGGUGCAAGUAAACGAGGCGCGGACAAUCGAUGAUAUACGGAAUUUCCAUAUCCUUCUUAUUCCUCGUCCCCCUCAAUUUGCACAAGGACAGAAAUCGUCAUCCGGAGAUGAGGGGGCCAUGAAGCAAGAUCCUUCGGAUAUGGGCAAAACAGAAAUGAACGUAUUAGCUCCAGGUGCAGACGCGGUACCGGCCCCAGACGAGGCUCAUUCGAGUAAGAAAAACUAUAGGUUGAUCACUGUCGGCAAGAAGAGGCUGCCUAAUCCUGAAGCAAAGAAGGAAACAGGUAAGCUGACAAAGGAAACCUUCUGGGGAACUGUUACCUCUGUGGGCAACGACCUCGACUCUUUGGUGAAAGGUCUUGGCCAGAAAAGCUACGAAACGAAGACUCGAGGAACGCGUCAUGAGGGUCCCGCUCGUCUCGUUGCCCGUGGAGGGUACGCUAUUGUCAAUUCAGAAGGAGAGACGCCAUCAAAGCGAGAAACACAUCUGGGCUACCAUGUUUCUCACCCAGGAGCAGUGGAAAUGGGCGACGUCCAAAAAUCCCUUGGCAUUUUUUCGGCCUCAUCGUUCAUCAUCCAAGUGAAGAAUCCACUUGCUCCCGCGGCAAAUACACAACAGGCGCAUUCAAAGCCUGUUGAGUACCCAGAUUGGAUUAUGCAGGGUGUAUUUGGAGCCGGUAAAGGGUGUGAAGCACAAUCCCGAGGACGAGAGCAUUACGGUCUCAGAUUUGCGAGCUGCGAGACUCCAAAGUUAUUGGAUUAUAAAGGAGCAGAGCUUUUGUUGAUCGCCGCAAGAGAUGGGGAAGAAGGCUUGGAAACGAGCUUAGGGGACGGAAGGGGUGCAGCAUUAACUGAGAUGGAAGAAAAAGAGGCCCGUGAAUCCUUGGGGAGUGUGUUCGACGAAUUGGGACUGAACCUAGACGAAUUCCCUGUUGAAUCUUUGAGAGGUAGUUGGAUUUGA